AUGGAUAACGACAAGGCUGGAAUAAGACCCAACAAGACGUAUCUAGCACUGGCAAAUGAGGUUGGUGGGUCCUCAAACCUGGGUUUUUCAGAAAAGGAUGUCAGAAAUUAUAUCACACGCAAUCUCCGAUGCUCCGAUGACAAUGAGGACUUCCAGGGGAUGAUGAAUUAUUUCGUUCGAAUGAAGGAGAUCAAUCCCAACAUCUUUUAUGCCAUAGAUGUUGACGAUGCUAAUAAAUUUAGGAGCGCACUAUGGGUAUAUGCAAGGUGCAGGAUUUUGUGUGAAUAUUAUGGAGAUGUGGUGUUGUUUGACACCACUUACAGAAGAAACAGGCAUGGUCUGUCGUUUGCAUCCUUUGUCGGUGUAAACCACCAUGGGAAGUCUACUCUUCUUGGCUGUGCUUUACUUGGGAGCGAGGAGAUCCCUAGUUUUGAGUGGGUGUUUACGCAGUGGGUGAGAUGCGUCGGAAUUGUGCCAAGGGGGAUUAUCACUGACCAGUGCAAGGCGAUGGCUGGUGCUAUUAGGAAGGUCCUACCUGAUACUGUCCACCGAUGGUGCAUCUGGCACAUAAUGAAGAAAUCACAAUUCAAGCUCGGUGGAUACGCUAGGUAUGGAGAAUUAAAUGCAAUGAUGAAUCACAUUGUGUGGAAUUCUCCUUCGACUGAAUCAUUCGAGGUUGAUUGGGCUGGUUUCAUCAAGCAAUUUAACUUAGGCCAGAACAGAUGGUUAGCAGACCUUUAUGCGAAUCGAAGGAAGUGGGUUCCAAUAUUCUUUAAGAGUGAAUUUUGGGCAGGCAUGAGGAGUACACGGCGCAGUGAAAGUAUGCACGCAUUUUAUGGUGGAUACCUGCAUUGCAAGACUGGGUUGGUUCAGUUCAUCCAUGAAUACGACAAUGUGCUUGGAAACAAGGAGCAAAAGGAGCUGGAAGAUGACGCUGCAGACUCGAAAGGAGUCAUCCCAUGUAUAGGGAGCACGGGCAUUGAGAGACAGUUUCAGCAGGAAUACACCAGUAAUAUGGGAGAUACAAUUUUUAUUAAAGUGGACGAGCAGAAGGUAUUCUGGGGGAAGCCUGUCUACGAUACUUUCAUGGUCGAGUUUGACCCUUUGAGUCGAAAGGGUCAGUGCGAGUGCAACAAGUUUGAAUCCGCUGGUAUAUUGUGUUGCCACACCCUUGCGGUGUGGUCAUACUACAGAGUUGACACAGUACCGAGUUGCUAUAUUCUUCCUCGAUGGAGUAAGAAUGUCAUCCGCAAGCACAUUUACAUCAAGAGUAGCCAUGACGUGGCUCGGAGUGAUGAAAGCAACAACUUGUUCAGGCAUCUGUGUUCAGAGUUCUAUAACGUUGCUCAAGAGUUUGUUGCUUGUGAGGAGGAAGCAGCCAUCUUGCGAGCUGCCCUUUGGGAUGCAAAGGCCAAGCUGACUGAUUACCGUGCCAGCAUGUGUUCCACUACUGUUGCUGAUGAGGUUGACCUUCAGUCAGAUAAUGAUCAUCAUGGUUCUGUAAAUAAAAGAUUGGAGGAUUCUACUAUAUGGAAUUCAUCGGAUGGUGGCGGAUUCAUGCACCUGUUGAAUUCUUUUAGGCAUAUAUAG